CCCAUGCUGAUUAAAUUUGUAGGUUAUAUUUUCUCAUUUAUAUUUUCGAUGAGGUCCGUACAAUUUACAAAUUUAACUAAUUAACAAACAACAUUGUAAUACAAGUACAAGUUGUAUUUGUUAAAAGAUUAUAACAUCAAGAAUCAUCAUGUUAAGAUCAGUAUAUUUGUUACGAUGUACUGCUUGUGUAAAUACUUAUCGUAAGUUCAUCAAAACAUUGUGCACUGAAUCUUUUCAGAGUCGAACGUUGAAAUAUUUUAAAUCUACAUCAGAACUACAAAAACCUUUGCAAUACACAUCUGAAUUAUCAGAUGAAUGUUUUGAUAGUUUAUUCCCAAGAGCACAGAAAACGUUGGAAACUGUUUACAGUGAUUUCAAAAAAGUGCAAAAUACUAACGAUGAAGUGCUACGAAAUGCAAUUUUGGAUGAUAUUGACAGCAAAUGUUUUUCCAUUGUACAUGUGCUAAAACCAUAUCAGAUAUUUGAUUUAUUGUAUAACUUUCAUCAGGUGUAUUCUAAUCGAAUACAGAUAACUUAUUUUUAUGAGAAAGCUAUAUCUAAUUUAGUUGAAGCUGUAGAGAAUAGAACAUUAAAUGAUAAGGAAAUAAUACAGCUUUUAUUUUACAUGUCAUUUAAUAAAGAAAUGGCACAAUGUUACAUUGGCGAUAUAAGACCUCAUUUAACAGAUAUUAAAAAACUCUCUUUAUUUGAAAAAUGUGUGGUUGCAGAUUGUUUUAUUAAAGUUAAUGUGAAAUUUACACCCUCUGAAUCUGAGGAAUUUGAAAAAAUUAUAGAAGACCAAUUUGAAGCACUAAAAAAAGAACCACAUUUGUUAAUUAUAGCAUGUAAAGCAUUAACAUUGAUAAGUACAAAAGAAGUAUUGACUUUCAAAAAACUAACUAACGCAAUAGUUUAUGCAGAGGAACCAUGGAAUUUUAAAAUUUUAGUUAAUAUGUUGAGUUUAUAUUCAAGAGCUUUAUUAUUUGAACCAAGAGUAAUUGAUAUACUAGUCAAAGAAGGAAUUGAAGCACUCAAAGAAGAUUUGAAAUGUAACACUUUCCAGUUGGAGUUAUAUGAUAUUAGUAAAUUUAUAAGAAGUUUAAGUAUUUUGAGUUUAACUUUGAGCUCAAAGGACAAAAUAGUUUUUAAGACUAUUGUAGAGAAAAGGUAUGAAGAGUACAAAAAAAUAAAAAAUUUAAGCUUAUUUGUUGGUGAUCUCCUAUGUUUACAUGUACUGCAGUGCUGGAGUAAGAAAGUAUUACUCAAUAGUUUCCGAGACUAUGUUUUUGAACCAAUCUAUCACAACAGAUAUCUCUGGAAAAUUGAGACAAGAUUGAAACUCCUUAUAACACAAAUAAAUCUUGAAAUGAAAAUAAAAACUCCAAAGUCACUUAAUAGACCAAUAGUAACUAAAGUUACACCUUCUAUGAAUGUAAUUGAACUUGAAGAAAUUUGUAAGCAACUUAUUAAUGACAAAAUAGUCGAUUCUGUCAACAUAGAAUGUCCAAUAGAAGCAUUAUUCAUACCAGGAGUUACUUUAAGAAUUAAGGAUAUGGUAUACCAUGUUGAUAUAUUGGAUAACGUAUCGUGUCUAAAGAAUACAAAUGUUCCUCAUGGUUAUAUGAACUUAAAAUUACGUCUUUUACAUCGUUUGCAGAUACGGUAUAUCCUUAUACAAGAAAAUUUAUUGAAAAAGCCACAAAAAGUUUUGCAGACUAUUACAGAUAAAAUAAAUUAUAGCCAAGCCCCGACAUUUCGUCACAUUCUACCAAAAUUCAUGCAAGAGUAUGACAGUAUGACGAGAAAAAUCAUAAGCAUGUUGAAAAUUAUUCAAUUAUUAUUUAUCAAGAACACAUUCAUUAGUAAACCUUUAACAUGCCAUUAUUCAAUUAGAUUUGGAUACAAACCAUCACUACAAUAUAAAAUUCUUAAUUAUUUCCAAAAUAUAGAUGAUGCUAGAAAGGUAUCAGAGCAGUGUGCAGUGUCUGCUCAACUCCAGAAAGAAAUCAAUAAAAAUAAUUUCAGUCAAGAAAAAUUUCAAUUUAUUCACCAACAAAUAAAUUAUUUAUCUAAUGGAUGUAAAAUAAGGCAAGAAAUCGUUAAUGAAAUUGAUCACAAGUGUCUCAAGUUAAUUGAUUCAUUGACAUAUUCAGAAAUUUUUAUGUUACUCAGUUUAUUGCUGAAAAUUUUUACUUACAAUACAUUGACAAAAACUCAGUUUUAUGAAACUUCCAUGGAUAUAUUAUUUCAAUUGUUAGAAUGUGAAUUAUUAAGUCAUCAAGAAAUAAUACAGCUUUUAUUUUUCAUUUCAUUAAAAAAAGAUAAAGCUAAAAGUUAUAUAGAGUAUUUAAAACUCUUUCUGCCAGACAUCAAAUACAUGGAUUUAAUUGAAAAAUGUAUAACUGCUGAGGCAUUUUACAAAUCGUCUGUAAAACUUAAUCAAAGCCAAUGUCGAGUACUAGAAGAUCUUUUAAGUGAAAAAUCACAAGAAUUGAUAUCUAACAGCAUUUUACUUGUUCCUCUCUGCAAAGUUAUUCGCCUCAGCAAACCAACUAGUCAGUUAAAUUUAACAAACUUAAGUAAUGUUAUUCUUAGUCAGAUAAAACCAUUCAAUAUCACAACAACUGUUCACAUUCUGAGUUUAUAUGCUGAAGCUCUUUUAAAUGAACCUGUUGUAACAGCUCGUUUAAUUAGAGACUGUAUGCAAACCAUUGCACAGAAUAGAAGGAAUUUGAGACUGAAAGAUUUAGACAGAUUUUUAUGGAGCAUUAGUCAUUUAGGUUUCUCUAUAGAACGAGAUGAAAAAUUAAUGUUAUUAAAAGUUAUAGAGAAACGAUUAGAGGAAUUAAAAAAUAAAGAAAACGUAGGACUUUUGGUGAACAGUUUGUUAAGUUUACAUAUACUUGAAUGCUGGAGCCCUAAGAUUCUAGAAAAUUGUUUUACAGAAAGUGUUUUUGAACCAAUUUUUUAUGAUAAAUUCCAUUGGAAAAUUAGAUCCCGUUUACAUUUGCUUAUACAGCAAAUAAGUAUAGAAAUGGACUUGGAUAUUCCAGUGAUUUUAAAGAAACAAAUACAGGUUACCUAUACAGUGCCUGAAGAAGUAAAUUUUGUGGCAAAAAUUUUAAACAUUUUAAUUGAAAAGAAUAUUGUUGAAGGUAUAUUAAUACAUUGCCCAGUAAAAGGUUUACAAAUACCAGGAAUAUCCUUGGUAACUGAAACAUGGUACAUUCAUUAUGGUUUCUCUGCUUUUAUAUUUUUACUCACUGUGAACAUCAUAAUAAAUUUAUCUUUUAGCUUAUAUCAUAUUGAUUUAUUAAAUAACUCCACAUGUCUACGUAAUACUUCAAUUCCUCAUGGUUUAAUGCAACUGAAAUUAAGACUACUUACUUAUUUGAAAUUUCAUCAUAUUUUGAUUCCAGGCGAUCUAGUAACUACAAAUUCUGAUAAAAUUCUAUCUAUUGUUCAGGAGCAAGUUUAUGAAAAUAAAAUUUAAACCUUCAAACAAUAGUUUGAAAAGUGAUUGUUAAUAAAAACUACAAAUGUA